AUGUCCCGUUUGGAGUUCCUAAGGGUCCUGUGCAUAGCUGUCUUCGUAUCUUCGUGCUCUGCCGCUAUAGGCCCAAUCGCUGACCUUACCCUUGUCAAUGCCGAGGUAUCACCCGAUGGUUUUACGAAGGCUGCCACGCUCGCGGCUAGUGGUACAUUACAUGGACCUAUUAUUCAGGGAAAUAAGGGGGAUAACUUUCAGAUAAACGUCACUAACCAGUUAGUCGACUCUUCCAUGCUGAGAAGCGCAUCAAUACAUUGGCAUGGUAUAUCGCAAAGCCAUUCUAAUGACAUGGACGGAGUCGCAUUCGUCAACCAAUGUCCGAUAGCGCCAGGUCAUUCAUUCAUGUACAAUUUCACAGUACCAGAACAAUCUGGCACAUAUUGGUAUCAUUCGCAUUACGGAACACAAUACUGCGACGGAUUACGAGGGCCACUGGUUAUAUAUGAUCCCGAGGACCCGUAUCUCAGUCGCUAUGACGUUGACGAUGAUUCAACAGUAAUCACGCUGUCAGAUUGGUAUCAUGAAGUAUCGGCUUUGGUACCCCCACAAUCGCCUCCAGCGUCAACGCUUGUGAAUGGUCUAGGGCGAUACGAGGGAGGACUGCAAUCUCCUUUGAGUGUUAUUUCCGUGAUUCCAGGCAAACGGUAUCGUAUGCGUUUGAUUAACAUGGCUUGUCAACCAAAUUACGUGUUUUCCAUCGACCGACAUGAGUUCACCAUCAUCGAAGCAGACGGCGUACUCACUGAGCCGCUUCGCGUAGACUCCAUCCAAAUAGCACAAGGCCAACGUUACUCGUUCAUCCUAGAAGCAAAUCAACCUAUAGACAACUACUGGGUUCGUUCCAUGCCAAAUACGGCUACUGGAAAUACAAGUUUCGCCAACGGAAAUCACUCUGCCAUUUUGAGGUACACAGGAGCCUUGAGCAAAGAUCCAGAAGACCAGAAGAGCCAGAAUGUCACAUCUCUUGAUGAAUCAAACUUACACGCACUAAACCAUGCCCCCGUAACUGGUUCGCCUGCAGAAGGGGGUGCGGACGUGGAACUCGUCAUCGACAUUGCAGUCAAUACGACAACAUUGGAUUUUAUGAUCAAUGGCGUGGCUUAUAAACCGCCCAGCGUCCCAGUUCUGCUGCAGAUCUUGAGUGGAGCCAUGAAUGCUACAGACCUUCUGCCCCGUGGUUCGGUCUAUAUGCUGCCCAGAAAUAAAACCAUCGAAAUCACAAUACCUGGUGGUUCAAGUGGUAGUCCACAUCCUUUUCAUUUACACGGGCACAAGUUUGACGUUGUAAGGAGUGUCCAGAGCAACGCUUACAACUUCAUCAACCCCGUUCAGCGCGAUACUGUUAAUACCGGCUUCGAUGGGGAUAUGGUCACGGUCCGGUUCCGUACAGAUAGUCCAGGCCCAUGGAUGUUCCACUGUCAUAAUAACUGGCAUCUCAAUCUAGGCAUGGCUAUCAUAUUCGUAGAAGAUCCUGGCGAAGUUGCUUCUAGCAGCCCUGUUACCAAGGAUUGGGAGUCACUCUGCCCGAUUUACAACAAUCUCUCUUCCGCCGAGCAAGGAUAA